GCAGCUGUUGUGAACUAGUUCAGAACCAAUGAUGACAUCACAAUUCCGAUAAUAGUAUUUUGAGUGCACACACACACACACAGGGGCACGCAUGCAUGCACGAUACGCACAUACACGGACACACACAUACUGAGGCGAUCAUCGUGUGCUUGCGCUCGCACGCUGUGCUUCUUCUUCUUGGUCGGCCAGCUCCACAUUUUGGCACAUUUGCCAGCUGUGCACGUGAAAGCCGCCGUCGCAGCCAGCAGCAGCGACAUUAUCGUCGUCAUUCAACAUCAACAUACUGCACUAAAUUAAAACUCCAACAAUGUCGAAAGCGAAAGGCAAAAAGAAGGAACGCUUUGAUGACGACGACGAACUGCAAUUGGAUGCGGAGAAAGUGAAUGUCAGCGACAAGAAGAAGCAGCAGCAAGCAACGGCGUCCAAGAAGCAGCAGCAAGGCAAAAAGGGAAAGCGUGGCGGUGGCAACAACGACUCCAGCGACAAUGAAUCUUUGACCAGCAGCAAAGUGGCCGAUGACUUCGACGGCAAAGCGAAGCCAAAGAAGGCGGCUGCCAAUAAAAAGGGUAACAAGAAAGGCAAGCGCAACAAUGAUGAUUGGAGCGAUGACGAAGAGCAGCAACAGCAAAAGAAACCCGUGGCCGAUGAAUCCGAUGAAGAGGAGACGCCAAAGAGUGUGCCCAAGAAACAGCAGCAGCAGGGCAAGAAGAGUAAAAAGAACAAUAAGAAGAAGCAGGACGAAGGUUUCAGUGAUGAUGAUGAUGACGACAACAACAAACAGCUGGACGAUGAUGAGGAGCUGGAUGAGCCGGUGGUUGCCAAGCCGGCAUCGAAAAAGUCCAAAAAGAAGCAGCAGCAACAGAAGAAUAAGUUUGCCUUAAGCGACGACGAAGAGGAAGACGAUGCAGCAGAGGAGGAGGAAGAGGAAGAGGAGCAGCCCAAGCCGGCAGCAAAGAAAUCCAAGCAGAAGCAACAGAAGCAGCAGAAGAACAAAUACGAGUUGAGCGACAACGAGGAACCAGAGGAAGCAGAGGUGGAAGCGGAAGAGGAACCGACAUCGGCGCAAGAGGAGCAGCCAGUGGAAGCGAAACCAGAGCCAAAGUUGGAGGAGCAGUUGGAAGAGCUGCAGCUUAAGGACGAGCCGGAAGCGGAGGAGGAACAGGAGCCGGAGCCCAAGUCGGAGGAAUCUGUCGAAGCCAAGGAAAAGAAGUUGACGCACAAGGAGAAGAAGAAGCAAAAGAAACAACUCGAAUACGAGCGUCAAAUGGAUCUGAUGACCAAAAAAGGCGGCGCUGGUCACUCGGAUCUCGAUAGCAAUUUCACCAUGUCGCAGGUGCAAAAGAGUGCCGGACAACAGGCUGCUCUGGAGCAUGCGGUGGACAUUAAGAUCGAGAAUUUCACCAUAUCUGCCAAGGGCAACGAUCUGUUCGUGAAUGCCAAUCUGCUGAUCGCGCAUGGACGUCGCUAUGGCCUUGUUGGCCCCAAUGGACACGGCAAAACGACGCUGUUGCGCCACAUUGCCACACGUGCCUUCGCCAUACCGCCCAACAUCGAUGUGCUGCUGUGUGAACAGGAAGUGGUAGCCACCGACAAGACGGCCAUCGAUACCAUCUUGGAUGCAGAUGUUAAACGCACCGAGUUGCUCAAAAAGAGCGAAGAGCUGGAGAAACAAUUCGCUGGCGGCGAUCUGACGGUGCAAGAGGAACUCAACGACACCUUUGCCGAACUAAAAGCCAUCGGUGCGUAUUCGGCAGAGGCGCGUGCUCGCCGCAUCUUAGCCGGUCUUGGGUUCAGCAAAGAGAUGCAGGAUCGUCCCACGAACAAGUUCUCCGGUGGCUGGCGUAUGCGUGUCUCUUUGGCCCGUGCUCUCUACUUGGAGCCGACGCUGCUGAUGCUCGACGAGCCGACAAAUCACUUGGAUUUGAAUGCGGUCAUUUGGCUGGACAAUUAUUUGCAGGGCUGGAAGAAAACGUUGCUCAUCGUGUCUCACGACCAGAGUUUCCUCGACAAUGUGUGCAACGAGAUCAUCCAUUUGGACCAGAAGAAACUGCAAUACUACAAGGGCAACUACUCCAUGUUCAAGAAGAUGUUUGUGCAGAAGCGUCGCGAGAUGAUUAAGGAAUAUGAGAAGCAGGAGAAGCGUCUGCGCGAACUUAAGGCCCACGGCCAGUCGAAGAAGGCGGCGGAGAAGAAGCAAAAGGAGUCGCUCACACGCAAACAGGAGAAGAACAAGUCGAAGCAACAGAAGCAGGACGAGGACGAGGGACCACAGGAAUUGUUGGCCCGCCCCAAAGAGUAUAUUGUGAAGUUCCGUUUCCCGGAGCCAUCGCAGCUGCAGCCCCCAAUUCUGGGUGUGCACAACAUCACGUUCGCCUUCGAUGGCCAGAAACCGUUGUUCAUCAAAGCGGACUUUGGCAUUGAUCUGACCAGUCGUGUGGCCAUCGUGGGUCCCAAUGGCGUGGGCAAGUCGACGUUCCUCAAGCUGCUGCUUGGCGAACUGGAGCCCCAACAGGGUGAGCAGCGCAAGAAUCAUCGCUUGCAUGUGGGACGAUUCGAUCAGCAUUCGGGCGAGCAUCUGACAGCAGAGGAAUCGGCGGCUGAGUAUCUGCAGCGUUUGUUCAAUUUGCCGCACGAGAAAGCGCGCAAGGCGUUGGGCUCGUUUGGUCUUGUCAGUCAUGCGCACACCAUCAAGAUGAAGGAUCUAUCCGGUGGCCAAAAAGCGCGUGUGGCGCUUGCCGAGCUGUGCUUGAGUGCACCCGAUGUUUUGAUAUUGGAUGAGCCGACGAAUAAUCUGGAUAUUGAGUCAAUUGAUGCACUCGCCGAGGCGAUCAAUGAGUAUGAGGGCGGCGUCAUCAUUGUGUCCCACGACGAGCGUUUGAUACGUGAAACCGGCUGCACAUUGUAUGUGAUUGAGGAUCAGACCAUCAACGAGAUCGAUGGCGAGUUCGAUGACUAUCGCAAGGAGGUGCUCGACUCGCUCGGCGAGGUGGUCAACAAUCCCAGUGUGGUGGCCAAUGCCGCUGUGCUGCAGUAGCCAGAGAUUCAUUAUGCUUUACAUAUUAGUUAGCCACCGUUUUGCUAUUAUUGAAUGAUACAUUUAUUCUUGUUUAUACAUGGGAAAUACAAAAGAUGAAAAGAGCAA